GCUAUCGCUUGAAAGGGUCCUCUUCCUCUCGCGACGGGCUAUCAGGAUUUUUCGCCCACUUUGGAGACAUCCGACCACAAGGAAGGUUUUCCCUUGCAAUCAUGAUGUCUCUAACAGCUGGAACGGUACCUACACUCACAAUUUCAUCUAAGAGAUUGCCAGGAAAAACAAAGAUUUUGCAGUCCCAGAGGCUCGAACUUACCAAAUCUGGUAUUGCAGUGCCCUGCAUCAAAUUUCAGCCAUUUCAAAACAGACAACCCAUUUUACAUGCUCAGAGGCUGCGCUCUACUGCAGUGAUCUGUGCUGCUGCCUUGAAUGCAAGAUGUGCCGCAGAGCAAACACAGACUGUCACACGCCAGUCAUCAACAAUCACGAUUGCUCCCAUCCAAGGAAAAGAGAAAUCACCAGACCUUGAUGAUGGGGGUACUGGAUUCCCACCUCGUGAUGAUGGCGAUGGUGGUGGUGGUGGCGGUGGUGGUGGAGGUCAUCCUUGGUCAGGCGGUUUCUUCUUUUUUGGUCUGCUUGCAUUCCUUGGCUUCCUGAAGGAUCAAGAGAGCGAGGGACCCUACAGGGAUGGUGGGAGGAGAUGAUUGAUCCAGCCAAGUUGAAAUGCUGUCGUAACAUGUAUGCAUCUCUUCUGCCAAGGAAAACAAAAGAAGAAGAAGAAGAAGAGAGGAUGGUCAAAUUAUUUAAUUUCCUACAUUCUUAAGAUCUGUUAAAGCAGAAAAGUGCUGAAGGACCCAUCGAAUAUGCUAUCAGUGAAAAAAGACAUUGAAUAGAGCUGCAGUAUAAAUGGUGAUGCUUUGGCUGGGGGCAAGGGUCCGAAAAUUCGUACAUGCAUUUAUUCUCUAAUGGGCCGUCUUGUUAUUGAACAUGGUGCAACAUCAAUUCUUCCCCUCCAAAUUAUAUAUGUAUUAUUUAUUUGAUAUUUUAUUUGGAUAUGAUAUUAGAUGCUUAAAUUGCUAUGAUGAGUUGUUGCUGC